AUGGCCUUCGACACGUUGGCACUCCAUCUCACCUCGAGUAUCCUACUAUCGUACACCGUCGUGCAAAGACCUAGUGCUCCCCGGAAGCUUCUCAUGGCGCUCAUCAUCGUCCACGUUCUCCGCAUGGCCGUCGAGCUUAUGCCCGUCCUGGCGCUCCUCACUGACGUGUUUGGGGCAUUGGUGAACUUCCUCGGCCGUCCUCCUUGCGUCCUGAUCCUCGCCAUGGCCGCCCUCGUCCCUCGCGAAUGUUCCCACUGUCGCAAGUGCGCCAUCCGCAUCCCAGCCUCAAGGUUCACGAAGGCUGCCCUGGGGGUCGACUACGACUGCCUUGUCACCGGCAUCAGUGCUCUGUCGUCUGCGGUUUUCGACAAGCUACCCGUCUGGCCUAGCUUCGACGCCUUCGCCUUCAGUCGACCGUGCCUACUUCCCCUUCCUGCCAUUUCUACGUCGCUCAGCAUGUCCAAGGACAUCGGUUCUGCGCUCAUCGAUCUCGUCUCAUCUCCCACCAUCACCGUCAUGGAUCUCGCGUUGGUGCCUUUCAAGGGAGCGGUCACAUCCGCCUUGGUUGCUGCAGAGUCGCUCGUGUCCGUUGCAUCUAGCAUGGUUGAAGAUCUAGCGUUGGUGCCAUCCAAGGGAGCAAUGACCUCUUCCUUGGUCGCUAUGGAGUCGCUCGUCUCCAUCGCCUCUAGCGUCGCCCAAGAUCUUGCACUGGUCCCCUCCAAGAGCACGGGCACCUCUAUGUUGGUCGCUGCAGAGUCCUUCGUUUCUCUGGCAUCAGUUGUCGUCGGAGAACUAGCACUAGUUCCAUACAAGGUCGCGGUCUCCUCCACCUUCGCUGCUACACCAUCUCUCGCGUCCGUGGCAUCUGGGGUCGUCGAAGGACUAGCGUUAAUUCCCUUCAAGGGAGUGGCUGAUACCACCUUUUCUGCCGCACAUUCUCUGGCACAUCUGGCUCUUGGGACGAUCGAGGACGUUACCGGGCUCUGGGAACCUGAGCUGCUCGAUAUCUGGUCCACCACCACUACGCAAUGGAUCGACACCCAGGAUGGUCUCUGGCUGUUCAUCCAGCACAUGCACGUCCCGAAGUUGUCUUGGAACAUCGGCGACGUUCCCAUCAUCGGUUCCUGGGCGGAGACUAACUGCGUGCGCCUCAACGCAGUUGAAGUCGGCUAUGACUCGCAAGACAUCUUGUGCAUGCUUUGCGAGAUAAUCGGCUACCCGGGAUAUUAUCAAGCCGUCCCGUUGGACGCCUUCCCUGACAUAUUCAAUGACACCGCUCUCCCCACACAUUGGCUCACGAACUUUGCUCACCAUUUGUGGUCUACCUCCUCUGGUCGCGUAUCCGUUCCGACCGUCGUCAAGGCCUCGGACCCUCGCCUUGGCCUGGUCCUCGGUCGCCGACCCAUCACCGCUCAGUUCCUCGCGCGUCUGCACCGAUACGUAUCUGAGCGAGUUGAAGAGUCGAAGACCCCCCGAGCGAACGACGUAGCCUCGUUGUUCCCUACAGUCAAGCUUCCAUCCGGAAACAAGUCAAGAGUAGCCCUUCCGCUCGCGAUGUCCAAGCUCAUUGACAUCUGCGCGAGCGACGCCGGGCUCAUUGUGACCUCGGUCGAUGUCCCAUCCGGUACAUCCAGCGACGCGCCCCUUGCCAACGUGAUCGUCAAGCUGCCAAGUGCUAACGCAAUUGAAGUACAAGAGCAGCAACGCAAGGAGUGCCGCGGGUGCCCGGGCCCUCGAGAGAAGCAUGAGAGCGAAGUUGACGUGACCCCUGCGGUCACUGAUGACAAGGAAAACACCCCAGUCUCUGCUGCGGGCUCGGACGAUGACGCCAAGAAGAGUCGUCGCCCAACGCGGAUGACCUCGGCUGGUAUGCGCAUGGUCAACAGGGCUGUCUUGAACGCACUCUACCACAACCGCCGUCGAUGA